AUGCGCAUCUCCAAAUGUAUUCCAUUCCUCUCGAUUGCCUCUGCUUUUGUUCUUCCAGCAGCAGAACGAUCAAGUUCUCUCGUUAAAACCUGGCUUCCAAUUGAGCUAUCCAGACUCGAAACUGGGCUUGCUGGAGACAAGGAAAGCCCUACCAUCGUCAUCCGAGGCGGGAUACUGGUAGAUAAUGUUGUCAUUGAACUUAGUAACCAGACAUCCCAGCUCAAUAUCCGCGCCGACCAGACCGCUGCUCCCCCCGGGACUGUCUGGCAGCCACUUCCAGGUUCGCAGUGGGAUGAUUGGCAUCGUGAUGUAGUCGUCCGAGCGUGGAAUAAUGCAAUACAACUCGCCAAAGAUGCCUCAGCUUCUCUCAAAGAUAUCAUGCCCGAUUCCGCAAAGUACAAUGCUUUUUGGGACCAAAACCAGGAGAAGUGCAAGAAACUUAAGGAUGGAGUGACGCUGAGUGCGGCGGGGAAAAGCAUGAGAAACUUGUGCUACCGACACUUUAUUGCGCAGAACAAUCUUGCAUAUGGCCAGUAUUUUGGCGCGGAUCCAGAAAAUAUACAAUUGAUCCAGGAAAAUUUCAUGAGGAUUGUGGAGCUGACUGGUAAACUCGAUGCAACAGAUCGGGACAAUCAGCUGCUCUACCUUACAUGGGGACCGACGAUCACAGAUAUAAAUGACAACUUGAAUCAAUGCGUGGUGAUUCCUGGAGCAGAGACACAAGCAAUGGUCAUUUCGGCUGAUGUAGUGAAAGAGCUCCAAGGAAGUGUUGUACCGGUGGGAGCCCAGGUUAUUCACUUCUGUCCAGCUUUUUUUGAUGUGACAAAAUUGGACCGAAUGGAAUUACAAGAAGCAAGAAUUUCAGCAGCAACCGACGGCGGAAAAGCCGAUAUUUGCAGACUGGACAGGCUAGACUCUACUGCUAGGGCCUUGCUACAUGAGUUGACGCAUCUCCACUGGGUACUUAACACAAACGGAGCCAAAGCGAAGCGCGUACCAGACACAUAUGGGUGGUACAAUAAUAUACCAAAGAGUGUAGACACGUUAGCAGCGAGCACUGCUCAGAAGCCUCAUACUAAGUCUUUCGGCUCACAGAACGCUGACAACUAUGCCUGGAUGGCUAUAUACAAUCAUUUCAACGCACUGGACUCAUGUAAAGGCGUGAAGUACAAAGGUGUUAAUCAGGCAGGCAACACUUGCAAUACCGACGUAUGGCCGCAGGACAAGGAAAAGCCAGUGAAGACAGCAUGGGCCAGCUACCCAGGAGCGGAUUGA